CGCGCGCGACGUCGUCCUCUUCUCCCUUGAUCCCGGUCCAUUGGCUCCCACGCCUCGCCCAUCUACCUCGCCAACACUCGUCGCUAGUCUCUCGUCCAAUUAUCCUGCCGCUCCGCUCACCCUUAUACCUCCUACGCCCAUCUUCAAUUCCCUAAUCUCUCCAAUCCUCGUCCAACUCCUCCACAAUGUCUCAGCCGUACGAGAUUCGCAACAACGACACCGGCAGAAGCAAGAAGCAGAGCAUGGCCGAACUGAAGCUACGCCGUCUCAAUGAGCUGAACCAGAGAUUGCAAGAGGAUCUCAACCGCAGAAGAAUCCCCGUCUCCGAGGCUUCCAUGGACCUCAUCGCUUUCACCGACAAGGAACCCAAGGACUUCAUGGUUCCCAGCCGCUGGGGCACUAUCGACAAGCGCGAUGACCCUUACGCCCCUCAACAAUCUGGCGGGUGCUGCAUCAUCAUGUAAAGCAGCCUCCCUUUUCCUUUCACAAGAGACAUCAUACCGGGUUUCCAGCACUGGCGUUUUAGGCGGAGA